GUUUUUAGUGAAAAUUCACCAUUGAAAACCUAAAAACUUGUUAUCACUUUUUAGAUACCUCUAUCGACUCAGGAAAGACUUAUUUCAUUUAGAUAUAGAUCCCUAAAAGCCGUUGAGCUUCUGCAGCGUGAACAGCGGUAUUUAAAAGAUGGUAACAAGUGUUUAGGUUUUCGAUGGUGAAUUUUCACUAAAAACUGUCUAAAUCAUAAAAAAUUCAUAUCUUGCAAAAGCUUUGGUUUAUAAGUCUAAAAGUGUCGCAGUGAGUAGACAACAUCUAUCUUCAUUAAUUAACUCAUAUCUCCGUCAAAAAGGCACAUGGGCCCAAACCAACUUGGGGUUUUUCACUGCUGACUAUUCCCUACAUGAUGAAAAUAGUCUGAGUCGAAAAGCUUUUAAUCACCUUGAGAGGUUCCCUUGUUAGAGUUACAUCUGAUUUUUAGAGUGGAAGUCUAUUUCAGAUGCUUCUGGAUUUUUUCCAAGUGGGUUUUAACAUUAACCUAUUGCUUUGAAAUUUUUCUUAUUCUAGUUAGUGAUUCUAUGCAACGUGAAAGUGCCAUCGCAGAAGAUUACUGGCGCUAUAUAUUCAAACAUGAAAAGAAAACUCAAACCGAAAUAGCAAUGGAAAGCUUAGAACAAAAGCUGGAAGAGCUCAAGAAUCGAUUUCAAGAAAUAGGAUCUGUAAGGACCCUUAAAGAUGAUAUAUUCCCAAAUUCAUCAAAACAUUAUGUGCUCAAAUCAGCAGCGAAUCGUAUUUGGAUUGAUAUUACGGAUUUAAUUACAUCACUAUUAGAAGAAUCUUCUGAAAUUUCAAUGGUUGCUACUGGAGUGGGCAAAAUUUUAAAUCAUAUGGAAAAAAAUUAUAUGAAAAUUAAAUUCAAAAAUUUCAUCAGUUUAUUGAUAAAGGGUGAAGAACAAAAUAAUUCUGAUUUUACUCAUUGUGCUAAUCAUUUUAUGAAAGUUUUGUUAACAUUUGCACAAGAAUCAUCAAAAUUUCAUGGAAUUAUUCAAAUGUUUGAUAAAUGUCGUAAAAAACUUUUUAGAAAUGCUCAUAUUGCUGUACAAGAAACUAUUCUUCUUGACAUUAAUGACAUUUGUUUCUUGUGUACUGAUGAGUUACAAGCAUUGGCUUUUGAUACUGGUGCAUUAGUAUCAGAAAUGGGUGGUAUGCAUCAACAUGAUGCAAUGGUUUCUAGAGAAUAUGGUUUACCUACUGUUGUUGGUAUUGCUAAUGCUAAAACAAUAUUUCAUAAUGCUCAGUGUAUUCAAGUGAAUGGUUCUACAGGACUUAUUAAAAUUUUAUUUGACGAACCAAUAAUUUCGAUCUUUUUUCUGUCAAAUAUGGAUGGUAAUAAACGAUUCUAUUCAACAAUAUCACUACGUACUUGA